CGUCGCAGAUAACAGAAUGCUGGUGAAGUCUUCCAUCGGACUGUUUUUAUUCCUCGCUACUGCACGACAAGGUGCCAGCGAAAUGGUCAACCUCACCGCAACAGCUGAGUCAUACCUCAACGUAACCGUCAGGUACGGCUGGAAAUCCUGGGGCCUUGAUGGAAAUUACGAGUACUGGACGCGCCACCACUACAGCGACAAUGAGCAUCCAAUUUUUGGCACUGUUGACAAAUUUCAGCAAGACGCUUCUUGCAAAGUUCAUAAAAAGAACAAAAAUAGAGUUUGUAACGAGAAGUUCAUUUGGGAUAUUAAGAAUGGCAUAUGGAGUCCCUUUGAACUCUUAGUCAAUGUUACUGCUCACCUGAUAAACGGAAGCUCGGAAACUUUUCAGCUGGACUUGAACAAUGCAACAACAAUUGAGAAAUCACAAAGGCUGGACUUGCAGGAAACGAAAGUAGCGACGACUAAGCGCAAGAAAUGUCGUUUCCUUGCAGAAGUUACAUUCAAUGGGUCGUUUGCAUAUAAAGUGAUGGAAAGAAGGGGAGAUAUGCCUGAUUACUUCGCUGUAGGUAUCGGCAAACUGAACAACUUAACAAUGGGACUGCAAGGCGAUGGUCAUGAGAUCUUAAGAUACAAUAUUACAGGCAUAUUUAAACACGUAUUAAAAUGCACUAAUCGAACUACGGAGGGAAAACCAACACCAAGGAAUGAAGUGAUGCCAAGAAACUGAAAUAAACCUUUUAUGGGAA